GUGAUGUAGUGCAGAACCAGGAAAUAGCUGUGUGUGUGUGUGUUUGUUUACAUCGUGAUUCGAAAUGUCAAAGUGAACCGCUGACCAAGGGCGAUGGGGAACGCCGACAGUGUUGUAGCGCAGAAACGACUGGCUCGUUUUCGUCCGGAUGAGAGGCCUGUUAUAGAAGGGACGUUUGACAGACUUCAUGGAACUGGCGCUUCUGGAAAAACGGGGAAGGUUUUAUCCCUAGACACGCUGAAGAUGACAAUGGGAAAGAUGGCCUCAGAAUCAAUGAUAAAAAGAGUAUUCCAGGGCAUACUCAGCAUUGAUCCAGGAGUGCCACUGCCCCCUGGUGAUGGGAUAAGUCGUGAGCAGCUGGUGAUUUUCUUGGCAGAUAUCCUGAGAGGAACUGCAGAGGAACGUGCACCUUUGGUCUUGGCAAUGGCAGAUGGUGCAAAGGCUACUGCUGCCACAACUGAGCAGCUCAGAGGUUUUAUGGAAGACCUGGUUUCAGCUGCAGUACAGACUCUAGCCCACAGGGGGCACCUGCGAGCUUGGCAGCCAGAUCGCAUGGGUGAUGGGCCUCAAGGUGUUAAGCUAUUGGCAGAACAGCUGACCUCUGAAUUAAAAUCUUCAGAUCAGAAUACAUGUGAUAUUCCUUGUCUGGAAGACUGGCUGUUCCGGAUCCCAACAAUGGCCUUGUUUUUGGAGCUCCUGAUUGGCGAGGGUCUCGAAGUUGGGUUGCCCUCCCGUCCUCCCCCAACUCUGUUGCCCCCAUGUCAGUACGCUCCCUGGAAUGACCUCCGCUGUCUCUUGAAUCUACCUCUUCUGAUGUUCCUCUCACCUCAGCUACCAGAUGGACACAAUGCCCCCUGGAGAUUGCUGUUCUCUACGAACAUACACGGGGAAAGCUUCACCCGACUGGUGGCCAACUGCAAAAGUCGGGGUCCCACUGUCAUUUUGGUAAAGGACACUAAAGGGCAUAUCUUUGGAGGCUUUGCAUCUCAAAGCUGGGAGGUUAAACCUCAGUUUCAAGGUGAUUCCAGAUGCUUCCUCUUCUCCGUUUUUCCCUACAUGCGAGUGUUCACCUGCACAGGCUAUAACAAUCAUUACAUGUACUUGAACCAGGGCCAGCAGACUAUGCCAAAUGGCUUGGGUAUGGGUGGUCAACAUGGCUAUUUCGGCUUGUGGUUGGACUGCGAUUUUGGACAGGGCCACAGCAGGGCUCGACCACGCUGCACCACAUAUGGCAGUCCUCAGCUAUCAGGAGACGAGGACUUCAAAUUGGAGACUGUGGAGGUGUGGGGAGUUGGGAAGCUGCCCGAAGAACAGGAGCAGGAUGAGAAGAAGAAAAGCGUACUAGAUGCAGAUCCUGAAGUACAGGCCAUUAUGGAAAUGACAGGAAAGACCAUGCACAGCCAAGGCCUCCGAGAACCAGAGGAGGAUGAGGAACAGUGAGGAAGGAAAAACAAUUAGAUCAAACCAUUUCAUUUCAGUGUUUGGUUUGGAUUCUGAUUUUACACUAAUACAGAUAUAGAAGAAACAACACCGUUACAAACCACUUAUUGAGGUGUUUAUACAGUGUAGUUUUUAUGUUAACAUGCAAAAUCCAGGAGCUGGUUUCCUGCUUUCUGUAAAAUAUUAAAAUGUGCACACAAAGAAAUUCUGUCAAAUACUGUUAAACACUGAGUAUUGACAAUGAGUGACUGAAGUCUACAUUUUUCAUCAAGCAUCUACCAUUCAAAAGUUUUCGAACAGUAAGAUUUUAAAUGUUUCACCAAGCCUGCAUUUAUUUGAUCCAAAGUACAGCACUAACAACAGUAACAUUUUGAAAUAUUUUUACUAUUUAAAAUAACUGCUUUUUAUUUGAAUAUAUUUAAAAAUGUAAGUCAUUCCUGUGAUUUCAACACUGAUUUUUUUAGCAUCAUUACUCCAGUCACAUGAUCCUACAAAAAUCAUUCUAAUAUUCUGAUUUUCUGCUAAAAAAAAAAAACAUUUAUUAUUAUUGUUGAAAACAGCUGAGUAGAUUUUUUUCACGUUUCUUUGAUGAAUAAAAAGUCUAGAAGAACAGCAUUUAUCUAUAAUUGAAAUCUUUUGUAACAUUAUAAACGUCUUUAUCAUCACUUUUGACCAAUUUUAUCAAAGAGUCCUGAUAUAUCCUAAUAUUGAUAAUAAUAAUGAUAUAAAAUGUUUCUUAAACAGCAAAUCAGCAUAUUAGAAUGAUUUAUGAAUGAUCAUGUCACACUGAAGACUGGAGUAAUGAUGGUAAAAAUUCAGCUUUAAAAUAACAUGAAUAAAUCACAUUUAAAAUAUAUUCAAAUAGAAAACAGUUGUUUUAAAUAGUAAACUGAUUUUGUUAUGGAUCAAAUAAAUGCAGGCUUGGUGAGCAGAAGAGACUUUUUCAAAACACAUUAAAAAUCUGUUCAAAUACUUUUAACUGGUAGUGCAUAUGGUUGCAUUUUGUCUUGACUGAUAAAUUUAGUGUAUGUAAACUGGAAUAUUCAUGCAUUAAAUGGAAAAUAAAUAAAUACAUAAAACAUG